AUGGAGCGCGGUGAGAGCUGCCGUGUGUGCGGAGACAAGGCGUCGGGGAAGCACUACGGCGUGCCGUCCUGCGACGGCUGCCGGGGCUUCUUCAAGCGAUCCAUACGACGACACCGCAACAAGACGCUGGACUACGUGUGUAAGGAGGACGGCAGCUGCGUGGUGGAUGUGACGCGCAGGAACCAGUGCCAGGCUUGCCGCUUCCGCAAGUGUUUGCAGGUCAACAUGAAGAAAGAUGCGGUGCAGCACGAGCGAGCUCCUCGGUCGUGCCAGAAGCGGGCCAUCUUCGGCUCGGACUUGUCACCCGUUACGGGAUUCCCUUCAUCUGUGGGUAUCAUGACCUCCCAUGGCAUGACCCUGCCCCCACUACCCCACUAUUACCCUACUUUCUUUCCACCUUCCCCUUUCAAACCACCGUCUUUGCAUCCUUUCCUAACAACUCCUCCACCCAUCGCACCACUGACUCUUACGCUGAGUCAAAACUCAGCUUUCAAGCCCAACUCCAGCGCUGCAAACUGCUUUUCCAGCUUCCCAAGUAUUAACAGCAUAAAUAACCUUAUAAACAGCACUAGUGUAGCUCAAGCAAACGGAAAUAACGGUCUAAACCUUAAUAACUUCACACCCCUCGACAUAAGUCAAGCAGGGAAUUUUAAUUUCACAAGUAGAGCUUCCUCCAUCACGACUUCCUGUUCUUCCGUUCCUUAUUGCACCGCAUCGGGUCUCGCUUCAUCAAUAGCUUUGUCGGCUGCCUCUUGCAUCCAGCUCACUCCCCCAGCCGAUACCAAGACGGCUUCGAUCGAUGAUAAGACCACGUCGCAGGAGCAGCCCACGUCCCUGAUGGGCGGGAGCUCGUGCCUAAAAUCGACCGGUGGACGCCAUUGUGACGUCACUAAGCUCCCUGAUUUAUGUCGUCCACAUUGCAGCCGCCUCGGCGCACGCGUCGGCUUGACGCUCCCCACUCUCAACGCCACCGAUGCAUCGACCAAUCACAGCUCGGCGUUCAGCCCCCUCGCGCGGGGGUCGCCGGGUGCUGGUGAGGGUGAAGUGAGCAGUUCUUUGGCCAGCAAAAGGCCCUUGCCGAUGACUGCAGAAUCGCCGACGUCCACCUCGAGUGAAUCUUGUUUGGCCGUGUCUCUGCCAUCUUCGCCGACAUCGAAGCCGCAGCAAGAACUUCUCAGAGCCGAGCAAAACCUUAGAACUUUGGAGCCAAAAACAAGAAACGGACACCCUGCGACGAAAGAAAAAGUCUUUGACGUGAGAGAGAAUGUAAAAACGGUACCAAACUUAAUAUCUGCUCUACCAUCACCAACAUCGCUCUCGUCCUGUUCUCCUGCCGGCCACCUUGCUUCACCAUCCACUCCAUCUUCCCCAUUGUCCUUAUCCUCUUCUCCUACCUCAUCCUCCAGUCCCCGACCUACGAGCUCCCCAACCAACUUUUGUGUUAAUUUAUCCUCAACCCGCGCUCUGUCGCCACCGCCGUCCCCUCAUGCAAACAAGCGCGUCAAGUACUCGAUCGGAAGCAUAAUUUUUGGCUCAAAAGCCCCGUCCGACGAGAAAGUCGUUCCAAAAAAUAGUGAGGAGCUUCAGAAUGCAUUGUCUUCUAGUCGUGGAGAUGGAGCUGGAACCAAAGAAAAGAUUUCCGUCAGAAACACGACCGAGGUGGCAUCUACCGAAGCGGAUUUGAACAACAGCCGCGAUAAGAGAUUAAAUAUUUUUGAUUUCGGGAAAAAAGAGCCCGAUUCUUCGACGACUGAUACAGAAUCUCAUAUUGGUAAUAAUUUAAUUUUAGACGACGAAAAAAAGUUCAGUUUUUCGUUCUCAUCGGUGACUUUAACUCCAACGACUUCUGCCAAAAAUUUGUUGAACUUGCAAGAAUCGUCAGAUGAUUUCUAUUCUCAGAACGCUUCAGCUCCCAUUGCGUGUCCAUCUUUGUUAAUAAAAACCGUUUCGCCCAUUGAAGUCAAGCCUUCUAAAUGGCUUCCACCGUCAACAGCUUCUUGCGUUAUUGCAAACUUUUCCAAGUCCUUGAAUGUUGGUCUUCCGAGAUUAUCAAGUCAAUAUAACGAAGGAUCGUUAAAUUCUGACGACAAUCGUCGCAGUCAUAAUUGCUCUCCUACGAUGAUCAGCAGAGAGACGUUGGCCUCAAAAUGUGACGAAGCAACGCUGGGCAACUCAUCGUCCGCUGAAAGCGACCAAGAUCUUACGAAGAAAAGGACCUAUGAAAGCUGCUCGGCUGAGAGCUCAGCUCCGUGCUCCGUCAUGCAGGAGAAUGUCUACGAAACUGCAGCGAAGCUUCUCUUCUUUGGAGUCAAGUGGGCGCGAUCUAUACCGUCUUUUACUCAGCUGAGUCUAAAGGACCAAGCUCUGCUGCUGGAGGAGUCCUGGAGCGCCAUGUUCCUCAUAGGAGCUGCACAAAGCGGCUUGCCAGUGCAGGAGGCACUGCAGUUGGCAGGAGAGGAUGCACGGGGAGCCAGGGAGUACCGCCUCCUGCUGGAGGUGUGGCAGCGCUUCAAACUCCUGCAGGUCGACCCCACAGAGUACGCGUGUCUCAGAGCUAUCGUUCUCUUCAGACCGGAGUGCGGCGAGCUGGAGGACACCGGCAGCGUCGAAGUUCUUCAAGACCAGUCGCAAAUGAUGUUGCAGGAGUACGAGAAAGGGCGCCUGGGCGACAGCGCUGGUCAAGGCCGCUCCGGAAAGCUGUUGUUGCUGCUUGCGUCAGUAGCUCGAGUCACGCCGACUUCACUCCAGCGAAUUUUCUUUGCCCAGGCGGUGGGCAACACCCCCAUAGAGAGGGUCUUGAGUGACCUGUUCCGCAGUUCCGUGUGAUUCAAGCCAUCAUCUCAGCCAAACGGAGAAAGUCCUGAGCUAAACCUCUUCCACAGC